GCCUUCGACCAAUCAGCGUCGCGGAUAUCAGCUGAUUCUGUCACAUGACCGGAGUUGUGCUGCUAGCAUAACAGGUCGCUGGAAAAUCCUGAACCAGGAGCGUAAAUAGUCCCCGGUUUGGGGGGAAACAACGCAAAGAAAUGAGUGCAGAAAGCUCAAGGUUGCUCCUUUGCUCGAUGGUGGUGGAGGCGCCUCUUCAGGUGUGACGGCCGAGCAGAGGAGUGUCACAGCGAAAGCGGCCAUGCAUCCCUUUGGCUGUGAAGCUGAGACCUCUCUCCAGGACCUCUUCGAGUACUUCAAGAGGUGCCUGCAGCACGGAGAGUGGGAGCUGGCGAGCGCCUGCGUGCCGCAGCUGGUCGACUCGCCGGGAGGACUCUCGGAAAGCCUGCGAGACAUAAUCAAAGCGGUUGUCUGCCACCCUUACAGCUUAAAAUGGGAGUCUGUUGGCAGUCCACACAAACUGGCUUGGUUUUGGCUGCAGGUUUUGGAGAAAUGGACAGAAGAAGAGAUUCCUCCCAACAUCAGAAGAGAGUUGGAGUUUCUGUUACUCCUGGAGGAGCUGGGGUCAGAGGGCAUUCCAGAGACUGUUCUCAAGGAGUUGCAACAGACUUUCUUGGACUCGCAGUCCGAGGGAAAGAGCAAAGAGGGUUCAAGUUCAACAGCUGCUGCAGUGGAGUCUUGUCUGAGAACCCUGCUGGAGAAAAAGAAGCCGAGACUCGCUCAGGCCUUAGCACAUUUUUUACAGGAGCAGUCCAGCACAGAGGACCGUGCUCUGCAGCACACGUUCAUCCAGCACCUGAUCAGGAAACUGGGGAAGCCGGAGAGGAGGCCGGAGAAGGUGGAUGAGUGGGUGGAGGAGAUAUACGCCGUUUUGGCCGUGAUGCCGUGGGGCUCUCGCAGAAGCGGCGGGCAGCUGGAGGCUCUGUGUGAAGCUCUGUGGAAAGCCAGAGACGGGCCCCUGAAAGAGGAGAGGAUCCUCAGCUCCCUGCUUCGGCCCCGGUGCGACGCUCUGGUCUCCGUGUACUGCUCCACUGCUCUGAGGCUGCAGAGGGAUCAUCUGCUGAGGAGCUCACCGGACACGCAAGUGGAGCUUCCUGAAGCAGAGAAGCUUGUCCUCAGUUUAUGCUGCAACAAGGAUCGCCCGUCCAUUUGGAAGACCAUCUAUUUCGAGUGCCUUAGUAGUGGAAAGCAUUUCCUUGAGCAGGUCCUAGUUACUGCGCUGGACCUGAUUAAACACGAGGAGUUCAGUCAGCUGAAGGACCUGCUGCAGCUGGAGUUCCAGCCGCUGUCCCGCCUGCUGCUGCUGCUGGGAUGGACUCAGUGUCGCAGCCUGAGCUCGGCUCAAACGCUGCUCGAAGUUCUUCACAAAGAGCAGGCCGCAGCAAACGACUCUGUUCUGCAGGAGUUUGCCAACCUUCUGUCCUCUCAGCUUGGAAUACUUGAAUGGUGUAAAAACAAUAACCCAGGGAUCUCCAUGGAGGCGCUGCUGGCACAGCUUCACACUCUGGACAAUCACUCGGCUCUUUAUGUUCUGCAUUCUCUGACUCCGCUGGCUCAGUUUGAAGAACGCAGGAUAUUAGAUCUGCUGCAGCAACUGCCAAAUCUACCAGAAACAGAGGACGCUGAGGCGGUCAGUCCUCUGGGGUCUGGUGUGCAGAGGAACAUAGUUUUGUUCCAGGGGUUCUGUGCCAUGAAGUAUGCCAUCUACGCACUCUGUGUGAACGCACACAAAUACUCAAAUUGCACCGAGUGUGAGUCCGCGCAGGAGAAACAGCCUCCGGAGGCAGAAAUGGACCAGAACAGAAGCUCCACUUCUUCAGAAGGAUGCCAUUUGUUGUUCCAGCACUACCUGUCGGAGUGUCAGCUCUACCUGGGGACCGUGCCCGCCAUGUUCCGCCUGGAGCUCCUGGAGAACAUCUUCUCCCUUCUCUUUCUGUCCACCACUGACUUUGCCCCACAGACUCAAAAAGACACAAACUGCCACCCGAACGCAGGUAGCGGCGCUCAGUCAAAUGCCAGGAAGGUGGACGAGACGGACGGCUGCAGGAGGGAGAACCAGAGCCUGCGCUCGAGUUUAGCCGCAGCCCCACGGAGUCACCUGGAUCUGGGACACUUCAUCCAGGGCUGCAAGGGUUUCCUGGUUGACGCGACGGCCAUGGAGGGUUUCCUGAAGCUGCUGAAGGAAGGCUUGGAGGGCAUGUGCGUGGUGGGUCAGCAGGAGGGACAGGAGGCGGGGAGAGCGUUGCCCCGAGAGGCGGAGGCGGCGGCGAACCUGGGCUGCUCCGUGACUGCUGAGACGUUCGGAACCCGUCUCCAGAGGUUGUCCAAGCGCACUGCGGAGGCUCAGUGGCGUCUGCAGAUCAUCACCAGCAACCAGGCCGGUGGAAACGGUUCAGAAAGUCCUCUCCGGAUGUCAGCGGUCAGCUCCACCGUCGCUUCCGUGGUGCGCAGCAAGAGCUCGAGCCUGAGGAGGAGGAGGAAACCAUCGAGGCAUGCAACAGAGCGGCAGUCCUCCGUAGAGAAACACAACGGAGAAGUCAGCACGAGUGCAUCGGAUGGAGGAGGAGGGCCAGCAGGAGGUGGUGUGGAGCUGGAGUUUUGCCCGUGUGGAGGCGCCCACAGCUGGCUUGUUCCUGCCAUGCUGUCCCCUCCAGAGUCUCUGUUAAUGUCCUGCGUUCGCAGAGGAAACUUCAUGGAAGCGCGUCAGGUGUGUAUGGUGUUUGACCUGGAGAUGUCCGGCUGCUUUGGAGAGCUGGCGUUCAUGGAGAGCUACAAAGAAGUCCUGGUGGAGUUGGGGAAAGUGGAGCAGAAGAUGGAGAGUCGGUCCAUGUCCUCGUCCUCGUCCUCCUCGGAGGGUUUGGGCUCAGCGGCCGCAGCCCCGGGCAGGACUCGGCUCGGCAGCAGCGGCAGAUCAACGCUGCAGGCUAUCGAAAGCGCUGCUGCUGCAGGAGUUGCUUUCUACUCCAUCUCGGACAUCGCCGACCGCCUCCGCAGCACCCCCGCUCACCCCCUGCCCUCGCUGGAGGAGGGCUACUGGCUGAGCCGCUGCUCCUCGGACUCCUCGGGCCUCCUUUACAAGCUGCUGGAGGAGCUCAGCCCCGCGGCCAUGGCCGCCUUCGACCUGGCGUGUUGCCACUGUCAGCUCUGGAAGACGUCCCGGCAGCUGCUGGACACAGCGGAACGGAGGCACAACAGCAGCCUGGAGGCUCGAGGAGUUAGAGUUGACCAUAAAGUGCCUCAUUCUGAGGGGAUCUGUGGAUUUCCAAUGGUGUUACACCAGAUCAGCAAGAUCCUGAAUCAUCCAACCGCUCAUAAGGGCUCUGGCAAAACAGAAGCUGGCGGUGAAGACCACACGUUGGCCAGCCCCUUUGGUUGCUGCAUCCAGGAAGUGCUGUUCUGUUGCCACCCGGUAUUGAGCGAGGAGUGCAUUUCUGCUCGGCUCAGUCUGACUCAGCGCUUGGAGAACACGCUGCACAAUCUGAGCACAGCCACAGAUGGAAUAGAGGGAACUCAAGGCAGCGCUCUGCUGACGCUGCUGGUUGAACAGGCCGGUCUGAAGCAGGCGGAGCUGGAUUCUCAUCCCGUGCGCUCCAGCAUGAAGCAGCUUCUCCGUUCUUUGGAUCAGCUCUGCCCCUUUGAGCCCGACGGGGACCUCGCCAGGCCGGACUACGUGCGCAGUUUCCUCGACUACAUCAACACAAUAGCGUCGGUGAUAGUGCGGAGUUUAGAGGACCAAAGCGGUGAAGUGAAGCUUGGGAAUCCUCUGCUGGUUUUGCUUCAGUCCCCGUUUCAGCUCCUCUCCCACCUGCUCUUUGACAGACAGGUUUCUCCUGACAGAGUGAUGUCCCUGCUGCAGCAUGAAGGUCUGCGACUGAGCGUCCAACAAGUGAUUGUCCAGCGAUGCUGUGAGACGCUGCCCUUGUGGAUCUCGAGUCCCGGCGAUGAAGGAGACGGAGACUCUGCUGAGGCGAAGAAAGAAGACGGAGCGUUCAGCGUCGCGUCCCUUUCUGUCCUGCUCCAGCAGCAUCACUCCCAGGAUCACAUGACGACUCUGGGAAUCCCAGAGCCUCAGUCGGACGUGAGCUCCGAGUCCGAGCCGUCGGGGGAGGAGUCCUCCACCCCGUCCACUGGCCUCUCCACGUCUCCGCCCUCUCAGUCGUCGUCCUCCGCCUCUUCGUCUUCUCCUAACUCCUUCCUCCUCACACCCUCGGCCUUGUCUUUCCUAAAGUCUCGCUCCCCCCUGCUGGCCGCUCUGGCCUGUUUGAGCGCCUGCAAAGGAGAAGCCGCCCGGACGCAGCCCUCCGGAUGGUCUGGGUAUUUCCGCAGCGGAAAGAGCAAAGAGGUCGUCCUGGACGGCGAGCAGAUCUCUCGCGAGGCCGACAGCCUCCUGACGGAGUUCCCCAUCCUCCGAGCUUACCUUCACGCCAUGGCCGAGCCGGUCCUGGGCUCCCCGUUGAGCGGCGAGGCCGAGGAGAGCUCCGCUGGUCUCGGAGCGGUCGUCUGCGGGAAACCUCUCGUCGGCCUCCUGAUGUCCGGUCCUCAAGAGGAGGCCGCUCAGGCCGUGGCUGCGGACGCCUUCCAGAAAGCGCUGUCCUCCCGGGACCUGGGCCGAGCCCUCAGUCUGCUGGAGCUGUACGGGCAGGGCUGCAGCCAGGAGGGGGCGCUGAGGGACCGCUUGCUUGCGUGGGGCGCUUUAGCAGACGGAGAUGAAGGUACAGGUCGACUGUUCCGAGUGCGUGACGCCGACCUGAGAGCCCGCGUGGCCCUCCAGGCCCUGGAGCGCUGGCCUCUGUCUUCCUGCCUGGAGCUGCUCGAGUUCUGCCUCAGCGACACCGGCACGGACGCCUCCCUGAGGACGGAACUGGAGCUCAAGAAGAAAGAACUGGACAUCUACCACUGGAUGUUAAAUUUACAGCCUCGUUUGCCUUGGGCUACUUGGCAAGAGCUGAGGACUAAAUCCAAGACGGACUCUGAGUCGAUGCUAUCUAUGAUUCUUGAGGCCAAGGAGUUUGCUCUUUGUAAACAGUGGGUAGAGUUGUAUCCUGUCUCCGAUCAGCUGAGACUGCAGCUGCACACUGAGCAUUUGCUGUAUUUGCUGGAGAAGGGACAGACUGACGAGGCUUUUCAGUUACUCGAGGGCCUCUCGGAUUCUGUGGUCGGCCUUGAUAUUUGCGAGCGCGCCCUGGAUCGCCGUCCCGGACUGGCUGCGUGUCACUUCCUGGCCGACUACCUCACGCUGCAUUUCCAGAGGCAGGUGUCUCCGGCGCGUCGGCGACACAUCCAUGCGCUUCAUCUGGGCUCCAAGGUCUUGUUGACUCUGCCCCCGGCCUCUCAGCAGGACUACUUCCCUCUCCUGUCCGAGCCCCUGCUGAUGCUCGAGCAGCUGCUGAUGAACCUGAAGGUGGACUGGGCGGACGUGGCGGUGCGAACCCUGCGGAGCCUGCUGGUCGGCCACGAGGCCGGCUUCAGCGCCGAGGACAUCGACAAACUGCUGGCGGACUACGCCGGCAAAGCCCUCGACUUCUCCUGCGCCCCCAGAGAGAGGUCUCGAUCUGAUUCUGUAAUCAGCCUCCAGGACGCUCUGAUGCAGUGUCCCGCUCAAGACACCGUCUCCGUGUCAUCUGCUCGAAUCGAAUCUCAGACAAACUCCUCAGCCAGCACCCCAACACACGCCCCCUCGGUGACCAGCUCAGACAGGGAGAGGGAUCGAGGUUCGACGGGGAGAAAGCGUCGCACGUCUGCUAAGUUCCUGCCUCCGGAUCAACCUCCGGCUCGGAAAGACUGGGUUCCUGACACCCAGCAGCACGUGUGCAUGGUCUGCCGGCGUGAGAGGUUCACCAUGUUCAACAGGCGUCAUCACUGCCGGAGGUGCGGCCGUCUGGUGUGUAAUGCGUGUUCUGAGCGGAAGAUGACUAUUGAGGGGUGUCCGGGAGAGGAAGUCAGAGUUUGUGACCAGUGUUACGCCUACUUUCACCCAGAUUCUGAUGAGGAGGAGGAACCUGUUGAAGAGCAUCGUAGCCCCGUGGUGACGGAGGAAGCUCUGGACGGGAUGCUGCAUCUGCCCGAAGUGGUGCACAGACAAAUCCAACUCAGCUCAGACCCGGCAGACAAUCAACUGUUACGGAGCGAGUUCUACUUUGAACAGGCUCCCAGCGCAUACCUCUGCGUGGCCAUUCUGUCUCUGCACAGCGACCAAACCGUCUGCGGUCAUCAGCUCAUCGGCCACUGCCGCUCCUUGUCCCGUAAAUUGAACAACCCGGAGGUGGACGCUUCCCUCCUCACCGACAUCAUGCGGCAGCUGCUGUUCAGCGCCAAGCUCAUGUUUGUCAGAGUCGGCCGCAGUCAGGACCUGGCUUUGUGUGACAGUUACAUCAGUAAAGUCGACGUGCUUAAGAUUCUGGUGACGGCCAAUUACAAAUACGUUCCCUCUCUGGACGACAUCCUGGAGACGUCAGCUGUCACACGCCUCCGUAAUCAGCUGCUGGAAGCAGAGCACUACCAGCUAGCUGUGGAGGUGUCGACCAAGAGCGGCCUUGACCCCGGGGGCGUGUGGCAGGCGUGGGGCAUGGCGUCUCUGAAGGCUGGGAACCUGUCGGCGGCUAGGGAGAAGCUCGCCCGCUGCCUGAAGCCGCCGGUGGACCGCAACCAGCUCAGCCUGGGUUCCUUACUGCUGCAGGAGGUCGUCCAACAUUUGGAGACCUCUGUGCGACCCGCUCCAGGCUCGACGAUCGGCGAGGACAUAUUGGCGUCCCUGCGCGAGCUGGAGGACGCCUUGCGCGAGGUCAGUCCUGUGGAGCGAGCGGAGGGACAGACGCAAGGGGGCAACCUCCACCAGGAGUGUCUGUACUACCUGAGCGCGUACGGCACACACCUGGCUCUCAUCAGCUUCCACAUGCGUCACGACCGCGUGACCGAGGCGCUGACGUACAUCCUCAACAAGGAAUGCCCGGAGGAGAUUUUCCUUGAGGGUGUGCUGCAGCCCAGUCUGGAGCGGGGAAAUCUGGGCAUGCUGCAGGGAAUACUGGAAAAGCUAGACCCCGGCCUGGAGGCGUGCAGCCGCUACCUCAUCUCCUCCUGCCAGUUCCUGCAGAGACGCGGAUACUUUCACUGUCUCUACCAGCUCCAGCAAUUCAUGAUGGAUCACGUGCGCGCAGCUAUGACGUGUAUUCGGUUCUUCACAUAUGGAGCCACUUCCUACCUGCAGCUGGGGGAACAGCAGCGCUGGUUGGUCAGAGCCAAAGAACACCUCAGGACGUACCUGCAGGAGCAGCAGAGCUGGGGCGGAGGGAGGAGGAAGUCCCAGGUCAACUCUUUCAGGAAGACGAUGACGUCCAGCGACGUGUCCAGGCACAUGAAUACAAUCGAGCUGCAGCUGGAGGUGACCCGUUUCCUCCACCGCUGUGAGACGUCCUCCAAGGCCCCGCAGACCAGCACACCGUCCUCCAAGUCUUCACUGCCAACGCUCUUUGGAGGAAGCCCUAUGAAAAUCGAGGUCGCCUGCAAGGUGAUGCUCGGAGGAAAAAACAUAGAGGAGGGUUUUGGCAUCGCUUACAGAGUCAUACAGGACUUCCAGCUGGAGGCCCACGCCGUCUACGUUCGGGCCGGACAGAGGCUCGUCCGACAGAGGCAGUACGGAGCCGUGCGGCAGCUGCUCAAAUGCGUCGGUGAAUCCGGCACCGCCACCAAAAACGACUGCGACGGCCUCAUCCUCAGCUGCGUCUCCAUCGCCGAUAAGGGGCCGGCUGAUGCCAAGGAGUUGGAAGGUCUCAUUCUGGAGAUAAAGAGCACAGAAAGCAAGAUCAAAGCCUACCUGGUGUGCGGUAAGCUGAGGCCGGCGUACCUGCUGGCCGUCAAGCUGGAUUCGAGCCGCGCGGGCCCGUUGGUCCAGGAAGUCCUUCAGGCGGCCGAGGAGGCCCAGGACUCGGUGAUGCAGAAUAUCUGUAGGCAGUGGCUGAGCGAACACAACAACAAGUCCUCUCAGUCACGCCAGGGUCGACCCAACGCCAGGUAAAGGCACAGUCGGCACAACAAGGGAUCACACAGGCAGCACUUAAACGCAGAGGAGCCGCAAACGCAAAGGAGAAUAUUCAGGGUUUUUUGAGGUUUGAAAUGAGCAGAUUUACUGUAAUUAACACACACGAGUCUUCACAUCCACCAGUUCAGCUUAAAAAAAACAGUGAGAAGUCAUCGCCCUCGUCUCUGGAUCUUUCCACGCUCUGCUAACACUUUAGCGCACACGUAACUAGCAUGUAGCCUCUUUUUGUUACACUACAAACGCUGUCAGAUUCACAGUGGCCUUUUCUUAUCGGGUGCAUUCUUCUUCCUUCUCUCACAAUACAACUCGACCACCAGCUGUCUGCUCUAUCUGAGAUUCCCGCGUGUUGCGCCAGUAGCAGCUAAAUCAGACUUAAUCUUGAAUUAUUUAACCUCCCGCGCGUGAAGCUGAGUGAAGUGACGUCAAGCAGACGUCACUCAACGAGCAAAGACGUCAAAGUGUAGCGCUUCGUGUCGUCCCCUUUUACUUCAUUCAUUCUUCAGUUAAGCAUUUGAAACAGUGUGCGCUAAUGAGUUAGCACGAGCCGCUGCAGCCGAAAGGAACAACCUCUUUAGGGGUGACCUGACUUUUUAACUGGAAAUCCUGGAAAGAUGUAGAAACUGUGUCGAGGUCAAAACUUUAGGAAACCCUGAAGUUUCUUAUUUGUCAGCAAAUCGCAGCUGUGGUUUACUUUCGCCUGUUGUCCCUCUCUCGUUGGUGGUAUUUGGGAAGGAAGGAGUCGCCACCACCACCACCACCAUCACCACCACCACCACUGUUGCGUAGCAGAAAUGCUAACUGCUAACUUGCUUACAUAAUGUAGUAUGAAAUGUGCCUCCUACCUCAGCUGAAAGGGAAAAUAUCUUUAAUAACUGACUGGAAGGCGUCUGACAAAUGUGUUACUUGUAGGUACUACCCCCCCACCCGACCCCCCCCCACAUCCACCCACAUGUUUAUGUCCUUAUGGUCUGUGUGUGGACAGUGUUUUUUUUUUUUGUUUUUUUUUUACUCGUAAUCAAUGUUACACAUUCAAACCUUGAACAGAAAUGGUUUUGUAACCCUAAUUUUCAGUGCAAAAAAAAAAUCCCUUUUGAUGAAGAAAACUAGUAUCGAGUUAUUUCGGGGCAUUUAAGAUGCUGAUGAAGACUUUUUAAGGUCGGAUACAGAAAAGGGACCUGCGUUACACAUCUAUAACAAAUCCAGCUCUUAAAGUCAGUGGCUUUUUUCUCAUGUUCUUGGUGAUAAUCACUCAGUGCUGCUCACUUUAAAUCAUGCUUCCUUUUCCUUUUCUUUGUUCCUGAUGGGAGACCUGACUCGUAUCCGUCUGUAAACCCAUAAACGACUGACUCGCGCAGAUAAUGAGCCACGUGUUGUCUCAAAAAAAGGGAUUGAAGUGCUGCAACAUCUUAUGUCCUGAUAAGUAUUAUUGUUUUUGCCUGCUUUUUUUUCACAAAACAGGAUAAUAGUGCAAAUAUACAGCCACCUUAAAACACUUUUUUUUUUUUUUUUAAGUUGAACAACAUCACACGUUGCUUAAACUUCGUUAUAGUGUUACAGAUCACACGGUCAGGAAGUACAUCCACGUUGUCCCUUCGCCCAGGACUGUCUGUGAUAGUCAGAGACUGAGGUGAAAAAGAAGCCAAUUUAGAUUUGAGAUGCACUCUAAUCCUUCUUAACUUGACUUUUGUGUCUCACCACUGCCGCACUUUAUACUUUGGGAAAUAAUUGUAAAAUAAUAUCUGAGCAAAUGAUGCAGGGACUAAUGCCUUUGAAAUGUAUGUGGUUUCUGCAUCACCUGAACAAUAAAAUGAAAAAUAAAAAUAAAAAUAUGAAA